ACCAUCGGGAGUCGUUGCCGAUCGAAUAGAAGAUCGUCGACUCGCCGUUAUGGCGGGAGCUGCAUCUUCGCCUCCUCGCGAUUGUUGUUCUCGAAGAUUGCGACGUCAAAGCUAAAUCGAUUAUAUUUAUUUGUUAAAUUAUAUACAUCGGAAGAGGAAGAGAGGAGCUUGUUGGUCGUCGCUGCGAUGGUCCUAUCCCUCUGCGGGUUCGUCGAGUGAGAGAUUAAAAAAAAAAAAAAAAAAAUCCAGACUGGAGUCACCGGGAAAAAAGAGAAACUACGACUUCGAGGAGGGACUUUCUCUCGAAGACUCCUCGCUGCUCUGGCUGGACGCGCACACGCACGUUCCUCUUUAUUUUACUUUCCUCCAAAGAUCAAAGUGUUGAUACACCACGCGCGUAGUGCUUACUCCAGGUGCUCGCGUGACGUUGUAGCGUGUGUGCAGGAUACGUGCGUAUAAUAUAGGUACGCGGAAGCCAAGGAAGCUAGCUGUCACGCAUCGGUGGCCUGCGCGAUAUAGUAUAGAGUAGGAUCCUCCUAGGGUGCCUCGUUUCGGUGCGUGCGUGUGUCGUUAUAUAUAUAUCGUCGGGUAAGGACUGUGGCCAACAUGUGACGACGAACCGAUUUUGCGUCAAGACACUUUUCAACGCCGAUCGGUUGGCUUUCCCUGCGUUACCUCGCUUUGCUGGGAAUAACAAGGUUGUUACAUAGGUAGACGACGACCACUGGAUCUCCUUUUGGGUUUCUCGGACCAAAGAGGAGAGCGAAGGACAACCGCUCUCUCCCUGUUCUGUGCUCGUGGUGGCGAUGGAACGGCAGAGGAUUGCUUCGGCGACGAGGAGGUGGCGGCGGUGCUUUUGGCAACUCGCCUGUCUACUGCUUGUGCUCGGGCUCCACCAGGUGGAGUCGCAGCUCCUGGACACCGAGUUCCAGCCUACGGUGACGGCCAUGUGCCAGCCGGGUUUCAUGAACAUCAGGGUCAACUUCAACCAGAGCUUCGUCGGGGCGGUGCACGCGCGUGGCCACAAGGGCGACUUUCGCAAGCCACCGUGCAUGGUAGCCGGCAACGGCUCGCAACAGGUCACCCUCACCGUCGACCUGUUCGCGGUGCCCGACUCCACCGAGUACUGCGGCAUUGUCGUCAACAACCGCACGGACGAGCGUUCGAUCUCAAUAGCCGUGAGGAUACACAAAACUCUCGAGUUGGCCGACGACAAGUUUUACGUAAUAACCUGUGGCAACACCAAAUACAGGAACGCAAGGAACGAGACGUCCUUGGUGUCCUUGCGGCUGCUGGACGGCACGAGGCGAGUACAGGAGGCCUACUUUGGGCACAACUACACGCUACGGGCCGAGAUCUCUCCGGUGGACGGUACUUAUGGCUUCAAGGUGAAAUCGUGUCUCGGCUUCGACACCGAUAACCACAACGUCACGAUCAUCGACGACCGAGGGUGUCCGAACAAGGCGAGGUUCAUCACGAAGUUCGCGUACGACCGAGAGGCCGGUGUCGCCGAGGCCCAGCUAUUGGCCUUCCGUUUCUCCGACACGCAGAAGCAGCUGCACCUCCAGUGCGAAAUAGUCCUCUGCAAAGAUAGUUGCGGCGAGCCGGUGUGCGACGGCGACGACACAGCGGUGAGCAUAAAGAGCGCCAGUUUCGCCAAAGGACAGCAACAACAGCAGCAGGUGAUCAGAGAGGAGGAGGCGGUCCUGCACGCCGGCACGAGCGUCUUCGUCCUCAAUCCCGGCGACAGUCCCAUGCUCCAGCCCCUGUGCGAAGAAGGCGGGGUGCAUCCCAGUUGGCUGCUCUGGUUGGCCAUAGCUCUGGGGGUCCUCUUGCUCAUAAUGUUCAUCAUCAACGUGUUCCUUUGCUCGGCCAUGACCUGCAGCUGCGCCCGCACCGAGAUCAUCGAGAAGGAGCCCUCGAUCAUCGAGGACUACGAUCCUUACCGCAGCUGGCACGGUUCACAGUACGGAUCGAGGUUUGGAUCUUCUCUAUCGUGA